CUGGAUCGUGGGGCCAUGUGGGAAGGUGCCAUCGGCAAGGGCAUGUAGAUGCGGGAGGAAGGGAAACUGCAUAAUCCAGGUGGUUUCCACGUGGCAACAACAUGGCAUCAUGCAUAUUCCAUGCAUCCUUCUGUUCUGAUCCCUCCCGCGGUUGAAACUUCCAAAGGUGACUGCAUACUGUGGUAUUCCGCUCCUCUACGAGGAGUCUUCGGCAAGACCUUCUUGCGUCUUCUUUGCCGGGCAACUUUGAUCCCCUGCAGAACUUCUGAGCAUGAUACUACUGUCUUCCGUCUGCCUUCUAGACCCAUCACUUGUGGCUUCCAUGCAUCUCUCCUGCAGGACGCAUUUCGAGUCAGGUUCGAGCUCCCUGUCACCACGUGGGAGACCUCCAAUCACCUCUGCACUUUGGAGGAACUAGCCGUUGUCAUGGCGGCGGGAUAUUCAGCAGAAUUACUGUGGUGUGGCACACAUGGGAUAAUUGACCUUUCUACAAAGAACUUUCCGUCACGGAGGUGUCAACCUCCGCGUCCCGAAUUGCCUUCCAGUACUAAAUUAUAGGUGCGCCACUUUUUAAGCUUUUUAAGGCCAAG